AUGCCGCUGCUGUCCCAAAAUUCUGCACGGGAUCAGACCAUCGUCUCGUUCGUGCAAGAUUCUAUUUCUCGAGGAAAGGAGAAAAAGCCGCUAAUUUCCAAAACCGAAGUCCCAGAACCCGUAAACUUGGAUUUAUUCAAACCAUUAAUCAGCUUUGUACCACCGGUUGUACUUUCCGAAAUCCGACAUGCGGUUUCGUCGGUGAAAAAUCGAACAGCACCAGGACCGUACAGGAUAAGAGCCAAACACCAGAAGAACCCUCCGCCAGUCUUCCUAAACAUGCUGGCCUGGCUCCUCACACGUUACCUGUCUGAAUGCAAGGUUCCUACUCUGUGGAAGACCAGCAAGACCGUGUUUUUGAUCAAAAAGGGUGACCUGCACGAUAUCGGCAACUAUCGCCCAAUCUGCUUGCUGUGUGCCGUCUACAAACUUUUCACUCGAGUUAUUCUCAACAGGACGGACAUUACACUGGAUGAAGGCCAUCCAUUUGAGCAAGCACAGUUUCCAAAGAGGUUUAGUACCGUGGACCACUUUGGGCCAGCUAAAAUAGAAGCAGUCAUCCUUGAUAGUCAGGGAUUACCUACUCAGUAUGGCAUUGCGGUUUCGAACAAUCAUGUCGACCGUUGGCUUCCAUUUAUCAGCGAUUGUGGUGCUGUUCAACCAGAAAGCAGCAUUUUUGGGUUUUUCCUCAAUGUAGCAGCUUUCUUUUUGCUCGUAACAGUGUACUUAAUUCAUCGGACCACUAUGCAAUUCUACGACGCUAAUUGCCGAAUGGACAUCGGUGAGUGGAAGUGGUUCUCCAUGGUGCUGAUGGUCGUCGGUUGGCUGGCUACCGUCGGUGCUUCAGUCGUAGCCAACUUCCAGGUGGAUUAUCAAUUCAUCACGCCACAAUUGCUUUUGUAUUCUCCGUUCUCCUUUUGGAGUAUAUGA